UAUUCUUACGUUUGGGAAGGAGUUAUUUGUCGAAAUAUGUCGUGAAAGACACGCUUAUUAAAUCUAAAAAUGUCCUGAGUUCGGCGUAAUAUUUUUUUCCAACGGACUGAAACAAAAACGUGAGCUAAAACGCCCUAAUCACCCAGUUUUCCUAGCUAAUAAAUAUCGCUAGACGCUUCUCCUACGUCGCAAGGAGACCUUUUUGGGAGGAUCGUUCUUAAUUUUCUGCUCUUUUAAUCGUUUUUUCUCAUGUUUGUCAUGCUCGAGUUUUAAAUCUGUCACCGGAGUUACUGAGUUAGACAAAGGCUGUAUUGCGAACGCGAGUGAAAUAACGAUUUUGUGAAUAAUCUCUGGACGAGUAAACGACUAUGUUUGCCCUCUUGAACAAUUCUCGUCUACAAAAGAUACUUUCUUGACACUUGUAGAUGUAUUGGCCAAAUGGAGAAACCGAAAAAAAAGCGGGACAUGAUUCACUGCAGCCAGUCCCAAAACAUCCUUAGAAAUUUGAUGCUGCGGGAUUUUGGUCUGCGAACAACUCACAAAACUAGUACCAGAGAACUAGAACCAAUUGCUGAAACAAAACUCGUACUAAAGGACCACCGGGAAUUGAAAUGUGAUCUACCAGGUGUACCUAGAGGAUCAUUUUUAAUGGUUUUCAGUCCUGACGGUACAAAAGUUGCAUCCACACAUGGGAACCACAACGUUUAUAUUACGGAUCUUACUACCGGAAAAAAUAUUAGGACUCUUUCAGGACAUCCUAGAACUCCAUGGUGCAUAGCUUUUCAUCCGUCUUCAAGCGAAAUCUUAGCUUCCGGCUGUUUGGGUGGCCAAGUUCGUGUCUGGGAUCUUAGUGGUGGUAGUGAAGUAUGGAACUCAGAAAGCCAAACUGUGAUCGCGUCCCUCGCAUUCCAUCCUUCUGAAAGAUUACUCGUUAUUGCUACUUACAACGAAGUCCAUUUUUGGGACUGGAGUCAGUCUGAACCGUUCGCAGUCAUCGCAACAAAAAACGAAAAGGAGAGAAUUAGGUAUGUCGCGUUUGACAAUUUAGGAAGAAAACUGAUAACUGGAAUCGCGAAUACGCCACCAACUCAAUCGCAAUGGGAUCGUCCUCCUUUAGAGCAAUUGUACAGAUCGAUUCCUCGACUGGUUCGAGAAAGAUCGCAAGAGUUCGACUCCUCCGCUCCGCCAUUUUCUCACUAUCAUUCCUCUUCUCCGCUUCAUCUUUGGAAUCAUGGAAUGGUGCAUCACGGAUCCAAUAGGUUUCGAGAUUUCUUGGAGGAGAGAAAUCCCGUUCCUGAAAGUAGAAAUACUCUCAGAAGGAACCAGUCAACGGAAUACGACCCACGCAACUUGCAAAGGUUCUUUUUAAGAGAUGCUCCCGUACCUGUCGUUUCCUAUCCUCCACUGAGGAGGCCUUCAACGACCACCAUAUUUCGUCCAAGUAGCACAGCAUCCGACCUAGAACCCGAUCGAGUUGUUGAAAGAAUACCUGAACAAGUUGCGAAUUCCAGCGCAGCUAAUCAUGAAACUCCGCAAAGAAAUGAAGAGAGAUCCGGUGAAGAUACAAACGACGAGGAACCACCAGUGGCUGAUCCUUCGCGCAAUAAUACACGUCCUAGUUCCUCUAGUGCUGAAAGUCCUCUGAGUUUGUUUCGCAGAGUCGUGAACUCGGCAGAGCGAUUGGAAAAUAUGUGGUCGGAGAUGAAUGACAGGAUUUUUCGCAACAAUGCUCAGGAAACUGAACGGAGGAUAAACCUUUGUUACAGAAACCUCGUUGAUCAAUACCAAUCUGUUGUCAGAAGAUACUGCGAUAUAUCGCGAAAUAGAGACACGAUCGAUCGUGGAACGGAUCCAAUGGAUGUGCCAGAAUUCCCUACUAGUUCUUCUCAGUCUGCGGAAACUCGAGAGCCAGGUAGAAAUUAUCUAGCUACUCAAGCAUCUGCCUGGAUGUUAAGAAACAUGUUGAACUAUACUGCGCAAGCAAAUAACACCAGUUUAGAAAGACUCCAACGUUACCAGCGAGUCCUGAUGGCACGAACCGAACAAGAAGAGAUCGGAACAGCACUUCAAAUCCUCAGAGAAGCUUUAAAUGCAACUGCCGAAAAUAACACGGCUUGUCUUGCCAGGUUACAAAAACUACGAGAAAGAUUACAGGCCCACACGACAACUCUUUUUGCGCAUUCAAACAAUCGCAAUUCAGGGUUGCAGGUUCUCCGAAACGCUCUAAAUGACGAGAUAGAAGCCUUGAACAAUAUGGAAGUUCAGCUCACGAACACGAGUUCCCGGAUUGAAAUGCUGAGAGACGAAUUGGCAACGAAUGGAGUACUACGUCGUAAUCAGACAACAACAGCUUCACAAUUAAACUAUCUGGGAUCAAUUUCUGCGAUGCUGGUCAAUAAUGAUCUCGGUUCUAAUCUCGCUUCGUCCUCGAGAACUGGGGCUGGUAGUUCUAUGAGAGAGGAAACUAAUCGCGAGAGUAGAGGCGAAGAAAGUAGAGAUCGUCAGAAUCAAGAGACUAGGGGUCAAGGAAGUAGAAGUCAAGAAAAUAGAGAUCAUACGAGUAGGGAACCUCCUACACGAACUUCUUUGAGAGACACCUUCAAAUUUCUGAGACUGGCGACUGCCACUCAGGAUAAUUUGAGCACCACUCAACCUGGGGAAGCUUCUUCAAGUCGGACGGAAACGGGAACUAGGGAAGGAAGUAGAAGGAAUUCUCCGAGUAGAAAUAGAACGCAGUCAAAUCCGAGGACGAAUCGGAGGAGAAUUGAAGAUACGGAUACGGAUGAGGAACCUCCGAGGAGAAGACGUCGUAGGGAAGGAUCACACAUUUGGUAUCCUAAUUAUAAUGCGAAUACGAGGUCCUGGAUUGAAAUUCAUGAUGACAGUUCUCUAUCAAGCGACGAAGGCUACAGUGAAAGACGAUCAAGUACCGGCACUUCGAAUUUUACAGUCAGCUCCAGAUCAGCCUUUCAACCCAGCGUCCCGAGACCGUCACCUCCGCAGAGCCAAACUAUAUCCCCGGAAAGCAGAAACUCGGAACCUACCGAAGCGAACAACAGUGAACAGCCCGAAAAUAGUACCUCCGAACCAAACCUCAACGGCGACAGGAACCAAAGAACCCUAAGGAUGAUAACCCACGAGUUGAGAAUGGCUCUCGACUCUUUUCAAAGAAGUCUGAACACCGAUCGCACAAAUCAGACGGAUAAUUUGUCAAAUCCAGCAGAUGACGAAAACGCGAGCGAGCAAUCGGAGAAUGGAUACUGGUUGCUGGAAGAAAACAGCAAUUCGGAUUCAAAUCAAGAGGAGCAGAAUUUGAAUGCCAGUUCUAGUUCUCGAAGAUGGACGAGUCGCUGGAUUCAAUUGGAUCCGAUGAAUAGGGACAGUGACUAUGAACUGUUUCCUAGUGAUCAGUUAGGUAGGAGAAAUUCUAGCGACAGGGCCGAGCCCUUGCCUUCAGAAUCAAGAACCCAGGGCAGUUCUACUGAUAGGAAUCAGCUCUCUCCUAUUUCGAUAAAUUCCACUCGGUAUGAACAACCACCCCUUUUUCCCUUCAGAAGUCUUCGAGAGAACCAGGCGAGAAGAAUGGAGUCGAAUCAGGAAGCUGCUGCAAGCAGUAGUACUCAAACUGAUAGCCGAACCGAUAAUUUGAGAGAUCAGGAGGCUCGUCCGACUACAUCCCAUAAUAAUGCAGAUGGAUUGAGAGAAGAAGAUCCUAGGAAUUCUAGGAGGCAACAGGCUUCCGCUAAGAGGGCUUCUACUAAUUCGGAGGCUAAGAGAUUGAAGGAGGAGAGGAGUAGGAGAGUGAGGGUCUGUCCUCUUCCUCCAGGUCAAGGUCUUUCCGACAACGUGGGAGUUCGUCAAGGCAUUCAGCUCCUUAGUAGAUAUAUUGACAAUAUGCAGCGACUUUGUCGUGCCAGAUUAGAGAUCGUACAACUCCAACAGGUCCGUCGAAUGUGGGAAGAUCUUCAGCGCCAAAUUCGCAGUCUUCACGUAACUGUCCGUGUAGAUGGUGAAAACACCGACCAACAACCUUCCACUAGUGGAGCAUCUUCAUCCGCCAAUCCGCAAAGCACAACUAGCAACACUGAGACACAAAACGAACCUGCCAAAAAUUUUAAGAAGGCCCUCAUCGAGAGCUACAAAAGAGAAAACGAGGUAGAAAAUACUUCCUCGGAUUUGCAGCCAUCAACUUCUUCAGGAACUACUUCUCAAAAGCCCCAAACCAAAACGUCCUCACAAGCUCAUUUAAGUGAAUUCGGACAGAGUUCCACAAACAUAAGCUUAUCAAAUUUACUUCCUACAGAAUCGGAACUAAAACGCAUGAGAGAGCAGAGUCUCUCGGACUUAUUAGAAACCUUGCAGGAACAGGACAGUUGGAGAAGUGCUCAAUUAGAUGAACCCAAUUCGCAACCAAGUGCUAUCAGCGAUCACACUUAUUCAAAUCUAACUACGAACAACACCACCGUUCAAUUACCUAGUAUAUCCAGUUUUAUUUCAAAUUUAACAGCCAGUAUAAAUUCCCCAACGACGACGCAGUUGUUGGAUUCAACGAACUCCAUCAAUCCUGAGGAAGUUCCCAGUUCUUACAGAGCUUCGAGAACUUGUCCCUCGAAUUCAACUCAGGCAAAUCCAGGAACUGAGGGUACUUCCGAGAGUUCCAAUUCUGCACCGUCAAUGGACUCUCCUUCAGGUAGUAGCAGCAUUCGCGGAAGGCAGUACACGUACCAAAGAGUUUGGAGAUACGGACGAAGGAUGUAUCUCCGACGACCUAGGCUGCUUUCUCUAGGACCUAGGAGUAUGAAGCGAGGAUCCAGAACCCAAUUCAAUCCCUUCCGACACUAUGAAAACUCCCGAAGACCCUGGCAUCUCAGGAGAAACGAUCCUCGUUCCACGAAUGGAUCCACGAGCAAUAGCGAAAGAACGCGCGUCCAAAAUACUUCUGAAUCCCUCCAAGCGAUGAUCGUUCGUCUCGAAUCUUUGGUCCGACAGCAAAGAGUGCUUGCGAGAAACAGUGAAAUGAACAGAGGAUCGGACAGCGACAGUCAAUCCGAAACUACAAAUAACACCGAGAAUCAAGAAAUGGAACAAAUCAGAGAAGUCACUCGUCUUCGAGCGAGACAAGUCCUCAGUCUUAUGGUGGAGAGUCUCACGCAGUUUUUCGAAGAGAACCGACCUGGCAGUGGAUCGCAGAGCAAUGUUCUUUAUGAGCAAAUCUACAAGAUGUACGUGCUGCUCCAUCUUGCUCUUCAGUUGACGGACCUGUUGCUCGAACAACUCGUCACUACGAGAAGAGAGUUGGAGUCGAGUCAGUAUGGACCAUUUAAUUCAGAUCUGAAUGCUUCCAGUCCUAGCGAGACGAAUGAACGUCGAAGCAGUGGAAUCGACAAUGGUUUGCAGACAGAAGGAACCCGAUCUGCGGAAGGUCUUCGGACUAACCUUGGCUCUUUUGAAACCACAGAAGAGGCGAGAUCCAGCGAUACUAGAGACCGGAACCAUUCUGUAAUUAAUUUAGACAGUGCUGAGUAUCUUUUAUCUGCCCAGGGAAGCAGAAACUAUCGAAACAUGGCAGAGGAUCUACGGAGGCUCUUUCGCAUUCCAUGUUAUGGCAGCGAGCAGAGAAAUGAGACAUCUCGAGAGUCUGAAAAUUCUCGUGUUCCUGAAACUUCUCCAAAUUCAGAGAACUCUCGACAAAAUCCGAGCAGUUCUCGGAGUUCAGAUCCUGUACCUGAACGAACCGAGCCAACUGUGGGGCAAACUUCCUCGGAAAAUGCUCUUUCGGCAGAGGUUCAAAGUAUCGUUGAGAGGAUUCAGAACAACAGAGAUGAGCAGUUUCCUUCUUUGGAAACCGAUUCGCGAUUUCCUCCAGAAACCGAGAAUCCCUUGGAGAAUGGUACAGAAACGAGGAACGAUUUGGGAUUAGAUGAGGGCCAAGGAAACGUGGAUAGAUCGGAAGACAUCCAGUUUCAGAGGAGACUUUUGGCUGAGUAUGAAAGAAGGAGUCAUGAGGCUGGUGAUCGUCAACGAACUGAGGGCGAAGGAAGAACUCUCAGACCGACUUGGCAAGCUGUGACCUCGCUUCCAAUUGUCAGAGGAUCACAUUCUUCUCGCAGAGGCCCGACGAGGUAUUCUCCUUUAAGAAGAGAGCGUCUCACUUCCGAAUCGAAUUACAGUUCCUACAGAAGUCGACCUUUUCCCGAAAGGGAUCCUCUACUUUCGAGAAUUCGAUACAGAACCGAGAUCAAUUACUACAGAAAUCGACCACUUCCGGAGAGAGAAGUUCCGGCUUCGAGGCCUCCACAUAGAAAUGAGUUUCACUAUUACAGGAGUCGGCCAGUUCCUGAGAGAGAUCGUGGUGUGUUUUCAAGAUUUCCUCUUGAUGCUAGUCAUAGAAAUCGUCCCAUUCUUGAUACACUGCUUUCCUCGAAUUCGGCCAACAGACAUGAAUUCAAUGUUCCUAUUGUUCAAGUGGCACCACCAACGCCACCACACACGCCUCCUUCGUAUUUAACGAAUUCUACCCUCAAUAGUGAGAGAGCUACCAAUCAAAGCAAUAGCGCAAAUGAAUUGGCGGGACCGAGUACUUCGCAGUCUGGGAGUAGAAAUCAGGAUUUGGGAGGACAUCAGGCUUUCUCGCCACAGUUUAGAAGGUGGUUCCUGGCUCAAGCUACUUGGAGAGGGUCGCGGUUUUUGAGUCCGCGAUAUAGCUCUGCUCCUAAUGGAGGUGCUGGUGGCACAGGAGGAGGGGGCGGUGGAGGAGGAGGAGGUGGCGGAGGAGGUGGUGGCGGCGGUGGAGGAGGUGGAAGUGGCGGAGGCCAGGAUCCUGGGAAUGAUGAUAGCGAUGACGUUGAUAUGAGAGACCACGUGCCAGUCAGCAUAUCAUUCAACGGUAUGGAAAUUCCCAACUACCGCGUUCAAGCUUGGGAUUUUUCUGAAGGUGAAAUACCCGACAUUACAAAUCCUGAGAAAAACGUGGUUGUACGUGAAUGCAAAAUCCACAAUGAUGCUAGCAUCGACAUUUCUGCCGAUGGAACAAUGUUAUCAACUUUACUUCCAUCUGGUCGAAUCAAUGCUACCACUACGCUUGGUGUCUACAGUUUACUGUGGGAGAAUUUGGGAGAGCGAGUCUACUCGACAGUGACGGACCAAACUGUCGUUUCUCUCUCGAUGUCUCCGACAGGCCAGCAUCUGCUCGUAGGAUUAGCAUCUCGGAGGAUCCACGUUCCAGCUAGACCUCUUCCAAUGGCCUUGAUUUACAAACUCGUCAAUCGUGAACCCGAAAGUGAGAAAAAGGUGCCUCUGGAUUCCUCCGACUCAAGGUAUUACAACAUCUUUGAUCGCUCCGACGCUUGCGGUAGAAAUGUCGAUUAUUUACAAGGUGUAAAUUAUCGUAAUUUGAAUCAACGCAAUACCGAGGCCGAUUUUAACUGGAGGAAUCCCAGUCCCAGAAACGAUAUUGACAUGAAAGACACCAAGGAAAACAUGAUUCUCUUGCGAGAAUUACUACAAAACAAUAGAGAAACUACUGGUUACGUAAGUUUAAAUUGCAUCAGAUGGGCGCCACAAGCUGGACAAGGCAUGGUUUACGCCACAAACACUGGCCAGCUGAAUAUUCUUCACUGAUGUGACCAUU